AUGUGGUGUAUACUAGCACUUAAUUUGGUCAAAAUUAUACAUAAUGUGAACCAGCCUAAUUAUCAUGUUGUUUCAUCAGGUGUGGUAUUCGUAAAAUGUCAGUUCUUCGACUGUCACGACGACCCUGGGUAUAGUCCCGAUGAGGGACCGCUUGCAGAUUUGCAGUUUACGUGGCUUGGGGCACUGCAGUACAUACAUGUAAAGAACGGCACUCCCCACUACUUCAGGGUGCCGCGAGUGAUCCUCAUCAGCCGACAGUUUGUGCUGUCCACCGCCGCUGAUGCAGCUCAGAUACCUGAGGGAUAUGCCCUAGGCAACGUAAUCUUCGGUGACUACGAACGCGACGAGGCGGAAUGCCACGUGACUAUAGACGACAUCGCAGCAGGAGUCGAGUGCGAGCCAGCAGUCCUGCUCAUGCCCAUAGCUGAUGUCCUCCUCCACCCGGAGUAUAAACACUUCGGGGCCAAGUACAGUGUCGCACUUAUGAAGCUGAUCACGCCUGUUAAGUCAAAAUACAUGUUACCAGCUUGCUUGCCUUACAGAGACUAUGUAGUCGAUAAGAAUGGAAAACUGACUAAAACAAAGCUUGUUCACGUUGACUUCUCUACUGAUGUUCCUCGAGAUUUUAUAGAAGAAGAAAAAGAGGUGCAGAGAGUAUCUAUAUUGCCGAGAGAACUUUGCUUUUUAUAUGACAAUCCUGAGAACGUGACGAAAAUGACUCAGAAUAGAAUGUGUUGUACUACGGGCUGUGGGUUCCAUUCCGGGGCGCCGACGAUGAUGCACGAGCAUACGGGACACUGGUCUAUUGUUGCCUUGUCACAAGGAGGGCCACCGUGCCCGGAUCCUCUGAGAGGCCGGGCUCCGCCAUCGCCUCCACACCACAUCAUGAUACAUCCUUACGUUCCCUGGAUCACUGCUGCCAUCACCGGCAAAGCUAUCGGGGCCUUCGCUAAGGACGAUCCCUUCGGGUUCAUAAUGCCGAGAGCCUCUGCCUACGACCUGGUUGCUCACGGCUGGGUGGGUCACUGGUGGAUGGGUGGUCUCCGUUGCUACGACCGAGCGGAGUCAGCUGACGACAUGUUCAAGUUCUACCACGAGAUCUUCCAGAUGAAACCUGUUGCGGAGACUUUCCUUACCUACUAUUUGGAGAUUGACGCUGCCCACAACACCCUUAUUAUCUGUGUGAAGGUUGGCAUGCCGUACCAACUCGGACAGCCCAGAAUUUGGGAACUUGACAGUCCUUUAGUCAAGCUGCGAAUACCAUUGAUCAGGUUCUCUCAUCAAUACAAGUUUCAAGUGGAGGCAUGGGGUUACAACAGCACGGAGUCCUCACAGUCCUCGCCGUCUAAGGAAUCUGAAGACACUGUAGAAGACUAAACAUAAACAAAUAGGUACCUCUCACGCGAAAACAACCACAACGAUAUACAUAAAUAAGAGAAACCUGAUGAUAUGAUAGUAACAUAAAUAAAUAACUUGAAAAUAAGUUGAGUUUGUGUUAUAAAUUUUAUCAAUGUACGUUGAUAAGUAAUACAGAUAUUUUUGUUGGAAGAUCAAUACAAUUUAAGAGGUUAGUUAACAAUUUUUUGUCUCGAGAAAACUUUUCAAGAACGUGUUUUGGAUAUUACAAGGUUUUCGGAAAUAUGUUCCAGAUUAAUGUAUAUUUUUUUCACCGUCAUAAACUGUAUAAAAAUGUUUGAGACAAGCCAAUUUGGCAGUUGUGAGCGCCUUGAUAUUUUUUUCAAUUUACUUUCGUAUUCCCUGUAUACGAACAGUUGCUAUAUUUCUCUUGUCAACGAGUGCUUUAAAAAAAAAAACUUGAAGAGGCUACGAAAAAGGACAAGAUAGUUCUGAUAUUUUAAAAUGUUUGAUAAACUUGAAAUGUUUAUCUCGGAAAAUACAGGAUAAAAAAUUGCCAAUGCCCUUUCUCAGGAUUUAGACUAUCUGUGUCCCUUAUAUAAUAUAGAUUGGUUCAGUAGUCUUUGUGUAAAAUCGCGAUAGACAUACAAACAGACAGAGUUACUUUCGAAAUUACUGUAUUGGUCAGGAUUUAUACUAUCGCAUACCGCUCGAAGUCGUAACGUUAAAAUAAGCCAUUAUUUCAAAUGCAUUGGAAUAAUAAAGAUGUACCGAUCAGCUCACGACGUUAACACAGUACAUAAUAUACAGUAUGUCAAGUCGGAAUA